AACCUCGCACCACUCAUCGCAUCUGUUUUCUAAUCCAAAACACACUCAUCAUGGUUGCUCCAAAGCUCCUCCUAGGGUUGUUUCUGUGCCUCCUUGGCACCACCGCUCUCGCCACCACCCGUUCGCCCCGCCUCGGCGGCACUGAGAGGUGCAGCCUCCAGCGGCUCACCGCCAGCCAACCUUCUCAACGCUACGAAUACGAAGGUGGCUCGAUUGAACUAUGGAAUGUAUAUGAAGACCAGUUUCAGUGUGUUGGAGUUGAGCCGGUGAGGAAGACGAUACAUCCCAACUCCCUCUCACUUCCUAGCUUCCAUCCAUACCCUCGCCUUGUCUUCAUCGAACAAGGCCAAGGGAUCAUCGGAAUUCACUUCCCGGGAUGUGCAGAAACAUAUGACACGGGAGUACAACAGCAGCAGCAGCAACAGCAACAACAACAACAACAAGGACCACGCCGGAUGGGCGAAUUCCAACAAGAAGAUUCUCACCAGAAAGUACACCGUUUCUAUCCCGGAGACAUUAUCGCCAUUCCGGCAGGUGCUGUUCACUGGACCUACAACGACGGCAACCAAGAUGUGGUGGCUGUGGCCAUUAGAGACCUCAACAACCCCGCCAACCAACUCGACAUGCAACCCAGGCCAUUUUACCUAGCCGGAGGAUCUGCAAGCCAAAGCAGUACUCCAUGGCAGCAAGGAAAGGGAUCACAGCAGCAAGGAAGCUUUAACUUCCAGAACAUUUUCAGCGGAUUCGACACCGAAUUACUGGCGGAGGCUUUCAACUCCGACCCACAAAUCGUGAGGGCGAUGCAGGAAUCCCGCAACCGUGGGCUCAUUGUUACAGUCCAGCAACCGAUGCAAUUCGUCACUCCCGACGAACAACAGCAAGGACAAUCUCGUCAACAACAAGCAGGAAGAGGAGGAGGAUUGAACGGCCUCGAAGAAACCAUUUGCAGUGCAAAGCUUCUUUACAACUUGGACAGCCAGAGAGAGGCCGACGUCUAUUCCCGCCAAGCUGGAAAGCUCAACUACGUCAACCAACACAAACUACCCGUCCUUUCGUACUUGGAUCUGAGUGCCGAAAAAGGAUACCUCCAACCGAAUGCUUUGUUCUCACCACACUGGGCGGUAAACAAUCACGCCAUCCUGUACGUGCUCCGUGGCAAUGCUCGGGUCCAGAUCGUGUCAAACAGCGGUCAAACGGUGUUGGACCAACAGGUGAACCGAGGUGACAUCGUGGUGGUUCCACAGUUCUUUGCUACAACGGCUCAAGCUGGAGAAAGUGGGUUCGAGUGGGUGGCAUUCAAGACGAACCGAUCUCCAAUGAAGAGCCCGGUAGCAGGAUACACAUCGGUGUUCCGAGCCCUGCCUCUUGAAGUCAUCACAAACGCAUAUCAAAUCUCACCAAGCCAAGCCCAGAACUUGAAAACCAACAGGGAAACCGAAAGCAUGCUGUUCUCUCCUCAGUGGACCAGCCAAAGGUCUUAGAAGUGUUGUAUAUAUGCCAGAACGAUGUGAAGAGGUGGAAAAAGGGAGUCUUUUUUCCUUGUUCGUUUGUACGAGAAUAAAUAUGUAUCAAAUAAGGUGGUAACUAGGCAUCGACUACUGUUUUUCAAUGGAUAAAUAAAGAUUUACCUUUUAAUUA